UACGGCAUGACGUACGCGUUCGUGUCGCAGCGGGGCUACUACCCGCACCAGCUGCGCAAGCCCAACCAGGACGCGUACGUCUGCGCGUCGCUGAACCGCGACGCGAACGCGUACGUGCUCGGCGUCUUCGACGGCCACGGCGCCGAGGGCGACCUCUGCGCCCAGUUCGCCGCGCGCAAGCUCGUCUACUGCCUCGAGCGCGAGAUCACGACGCUGCUGAAGAAGCAGAAGCUCUCGGGGCGGCGCGCGUUCAAGAACUCGAACCUGCUCAUGCACGCGGCGUCCUUCGACACGCAGCUCAGCGGCACGACGGCGGUCUGCUGCCUCGUCGUCGGGACGACGCUCAUCGUGGGCAACGUCGGCGACUCGCGCGCGAUCUUGGGCUACGUGCCCGAGGAGCAGGGCCAGAUCGCGGUCCAGGCGUUGAGCGUGGACCAGACGCCCUACCGGCGCGACGAGCGCGAGCGCGUCAAGCAGUACGGCGCGCGCAUCAUGACCGUGGACCAGGUCGAGGGCCGCGAGAAGCUCCACGAGAACUGGGGCACGCGCCUGGGAGACGAGAUCGACGAGACGGGCGACCCGCCGCGCGUGUGGAACGACACGCUCGAGCGGCCGGGCUGCGCCUUCACGCGGUCCCUGGGGGACAUGAUCGCCGAGCGGCUCGGCGUCGUCGCGGACCCGGAGAUCCACACGCACACGCUCCGCCGCGAGGACAAGUUCGUCGUCGUCGCGUCCGACGGCGUCUUCGAGUUCAUCACGUCCCAGGCGGUGGCCGACAUGGUCGACCGCGUGCGCACGGCGGGCGGCGGGCCCCUCGAGGCCUGCCGGCGCGUCGUCGCGGAGUCGUACCGCCUCUGGCUCCAGUACGAGGUCCGGUCCGACGACAUCACGAUGGUC